CGGCAGCGGCGAGCGCGAGCAGCGGGCGGAGCGCGGCUUGGGUCGGAACCGCCAUGAGCAAGCGGAGCCAGGUGUCGUACGUGCGGCCCGCCGAGCCCGCCUUCCUGGCCCGCUUCAAGGAGCGCGUCGGCUACAGGGAGGGGCCCACCGUGGAGACCAAGAAAACCCAGCCUCAGCUCCCAGAUGAAGAUGAUAAUCACAGUGACAAAGAAGAUGAACAGCCUCAAGUAGUGGUUUUAAAAAAGGGAGACCUAACAGCUGAAGAAGUCAUGAAAAUUAAAGCAGAAAUAAAGGCUACCAAAGCAGAUGAAGAACCACCUCCAGCUGAUGGAAGAAUCAUGUAUCGAAAACCAGUUAAGCGUGCCUCUAAUGAAAAGUGUUCAGGCUUAACAGUAAGCUCCAAAAAGAAGAAAGCAAAUGAAGAUGAUAUAAAUAAGCAGAAUCCAGUUAGAAAGAACUCACAAAAACAAAUAAAAAACAGUAGUCUCCUUUCUUUUGACAGUGAUGAUGAAAAUGAGUAAGUAUAAACAUCAUGGACUUGGUUUCCUUUGAAACAGUGAGGUGUUUUUUAAAAUACUAGUUUUCCUAUAUCUUAAAAGUAACAUUUUUCACUAGUACUACAGGUUUAUUACAGAAAACUUCAAAAAUUCUGGAAAAAAAUGCCCGAAAUAAAACCCAUCCAUCAAUGCCCCUUUGUCUGGAAAUGGUAGCCAUUCACUACAUAACCAUUUUAUUACCUCCCAUUUAUGGGUGUGUGUGUGUGUAUGUAGAUUGUAUUUUUAAACAAAACUGAGAUUGUUAUAUA